AGGAGAUGGCAUGCAAGUCUUCGAGCGGACGAAGAUUUGACUUAUUUGGAGAAAGCUGGUGAAGAAGGGAACGAAGCAAAAUUCAAUCCGAUACAAUUCACAUUUGACGUCCGCAAGGACUCUCUCUCUCCUCUCUCUACACUCGCAAACAGAAACAAAGAGAAAAAAAAAAAUGAAAGAAAAAACAACUCAGACACAGAAGGAAGUCUCAGAGAGAGGGAUUAGAUACAGAGGAAGAAACGACUUUGAACGAAGAACAGAGGAGAAAAAACCCUAGGAGAAGAAAAGGAAGGUUAUUUUAAUAGUUGAAUCAAUUGAAGAAGAGACAGAAAGAAGAGGAAAAAAAUUAUUUUUUAAUUUUCUGAUGAUUUGCGUUUCGGUUUUGUUCGGUCGAAGUCGAAGUUUCAGAGUAUGUCACUACGGAAUUCCAACUCGUGUUAAAUUUCUCGACUAGUGUUAUUUGAAGGCUGUGAUUACAUCUUUCAAGAAGAUGGUGCCGUCGGGGCCUCCGACUCCAGUCGGUGGUGCCCAGUCUGUUGCACCUUCAAUGCUCCGAACAAACUCUGGCAUUCUAGGAGUCCAAGGUGCUCCAAUCCCUUCGCAGACAACGUUCCCUUCUCUCGUCUCGCCGCGUACUCAGUAUAAUAACAUGAAUAUUCUUGGUAACAUGCCCAAUGUUUCUUCCCUCCUCAAUCAAUCCUAUGGUAAUGGUGGCACUAAUCCUGGGCUUUCUGGUACGGGAGGUCUCCAACGUGGAGGUAUUGAUACAGGGGCUGAGUCUGAUCCACUUUCUGGAGUAGGCAAUGGCAUGAGUUUUACUUCUUCACCUGCAACAUUUGCGGCAUCAAAUGCUCCAACUCCUGGCACGUCUGGUCAAGGUCAAGGGCAACAAUUCCCGAACCCUUCUGGCAAUCAGCUGGCACUGCCAGAUCAACAGCAGUCUCAGCAACUUGAACCACAGAAUUUUCAACAUGGUCAGCAGACACUGCAGCAAUUUUCUGUUCCUCAUAACCACCACCACCACCAGCAGCAACAGCAACAGCAAUAUCAAUCAAUUCGGGGUGGGCUAGGCAGUGUUGGUCCUGUGAAGUUGGAGCCACAGAUGGCUAAUGAUCAGAAUAGUCAGCAGCAACAGCUGCAGCCGUUGCGAAAUUUGGGUCCAGUGAAAUUGGAGCCACAGCAAAUCCAGACUUUGAGAAGUCUGGCACCGGUCAAAAUGGAGCCACAGCAUUCAGAUCAAUCAUUGUUUCUUCAGCAGCAACAACAGCAACAGCAGUUCCUUCAGAUGUCUAGGCAGAAUUCUCAGGCUGCUGCUGCCCAGAUUAAUCUUUUGCAACAACAAAGAAUAUUGCAGCUUCAACAGCAGCAGCAGCAGCAACAGCAACAGCAUCAACUUUUGAAGGCACUGCCCCAGCAACGGUCCCAAUUACAACAACAGUUUCAACAGCAGAAUUUGCCUGUUAGAUCUGCAAUAAAACCUGCCUAUGAACCUGGGAUGUGUGCUCGUCGGCUGACAAACUAUAUGUAUCACCAACAACACAGACCUGCUGAUAACAACAUUGAGUUCUGGAGGAAGUUUGUUGCCGAGUAUUUUGCCCCCCAUGCCAAGAAAAGGUGGUGUGUUUCCCUGUAUGGAAGUGGCCGGCAAACGACUGGUGUUUUUCCUCAGGACGUAUGGCACUGUGAAAUAUGCAACCGCAAGCCUGGUCGUGGUUUUGAAACAACUGUUGAAGUUUUACCCAGACUGUGCAAAAUCAAAUAUGAUAGUGGUACUUUAGAAGAACUCCUUUAUGUUGAUAUGCCUCGUGAAUAUCAGAAUGCACAAGGUCAGAUUGUCCUUGAUUAUGCAAAAGCUAUACAGGAGAGUGUAUUUGAGCAAUUACGUGUGGUUCGUGAUGGUCAGCUUCGGAUUGUUUUCUCUCCAGAUCUAAAGAUAUGUUCCUGGGAAUUUUGUGCUCGCCGUCACGAAGAGCUUAUUCCUCGGAGAUUGAUCAUACCUCAGGUUAGUCAGCUUGGUGCAGCAGCUCAAAAAUACCAGGCUGCUACUCAAAAUGCAUCGUCUAAUUUAUCUGUGCAGGAACUACAAAAUAACUGCAAUAUGUUUGUUGCAUCGGCUCGUCAACUGGCAAAAGCUUUGGAGGUGCCAUUAGUGAAUGACUUAGGAUAUACAAAAAGAUAUGUGCGAUGCCUUCAGAUCUCAGAGGUGGUUAAUAGUAUGAAAGAUCUAAUUGAUUAUAGUCGAGAAACAGGAACAGGACCUAUGGAAAGCUUGAUCAACUUUCCUCGGAGAACCAAUCCAUCAUCUGCACUCCAUAAUCAAGCUCAACAACCUGAGCAGCAACAGCAGCAACAACAACAACAACAGCAGCAAACGAUGGCACAGAAUUCUAACAAUGACCAGAGUUCGGCCCAGGUUGCAGUGCAACUUGUUGCUAGCAAUGGUGUUGUCGGUGUAAAUAACUCACACAACAUGGCAUCUACCACCUCUACUACAAGUACCAUUGUUGGUCUUCUCCAUCAGAACUCCAUGAAUUCCAGGCAGGAAAAUCCAAUGAACAAUACCAACGGUUCAUAUGGUGGGAACACAGUUCAAAUACCAUCUGCGGGCUCCUCAAGUUCACUACCACCAGCUCAGCCCAAUCCAUCUUCCCCAUUUCCAUCACCAACACCGUCAACCUCUAACAAUGGGCCCCAGACUUCUCAUGGUACUUUACCAGCGGCCACCAACAACCACAUAAGUUCUGCAAAUUCACCGGCCAAUAUAUCCAUGCAACAGCCAACACAGUCCAAUGAACCUGAUCCAAAUGAUACCCAGAGCUCUGUGCAGCAAAUAAUACAAGAUUUGAUGAUGUCCUCCCAGUUAAAUGGAGGUAGUAUGGUUGGUGUUGGUUCUUUAGGGAAUGACAUGAAGAAUGUAAAUGGGAUUGUGCAGACAAGCAACAACACCAUUCUCAAUGGUGGGAAUUGUUUAGUAGGAAAUGGGAUUGCCAGUAACUCAACUAUUGGCAGUGUGGGAUUUGGCAGCUUGGGUGUUGGAAUUGGUCAGAACACCAUGGGAACUGGAAUCAGAGCUGCCAUGGGCAAUAAUGCCAUGACAUUGAACGGAAGGGUGGGCAUGCCAGCAAUGCCGCAGGAUCCGGGCAUGAACCAUCAGCAACAGGAUUUGGGGAACCGGCUAUUGGGCGGACUCGGAGCAGUAAAUAACUUCAAUAAUCUCCAAUUUGAUUGGAAACCAUCUCCAUAGAAAAGCUUGGCAAUGUGAUUGUCGGUGUUACUUUUCUUGAUUAGUUCCGCCAGAUCUGCCACUGAACGAUGUCGUCUUUCAGUUCGUGAUCAAUGAUCGAGAAAUGCUGCUGGAACAGUGCGAGGAAUACAUGGGAACAGCCUGCCAGUGAGUAAAUACGUUUGUUCAUCAUGGCUAUAGUUUCUGGGCUUUCCUUCCUCUUGUGUACUAAUUUCAGGGAAAGGGAAAUAUAUAUAUCUAAGUGUGACCAUUGAAACGAUAUAUAUAUAUAUGAUCCAUUACCCUCCUGAGUUUCUUCCACCUCCACGCCUUGUUUACCUGGUAUGUGAGAGCGAGCCCCUUUUUGGCAAGCCCCUGUACUUGAUGGUUUUCGAUUCAUGGCUGCUUAUCCCCUUCUAACACCCUCAAAAUGGGAAAUCAUGGUCACAUUCUUUCGGAUAUGUAUAUCCACCUCAUCCAUUUGGGGGCCAUUUGUAACUAUCAUGUCAUCAGUGUGUUAAAUUUUAAACUCUCUCUCUCAUCUCUGGGUGUGUUGGUUUGCAAGCUGUUCAGCUGGCCUUGCUUUGUAUUGGACAAUCGGUACAGAAGAAUUUAUCCAGUUUAAUGCGCAAAGGAAAACGGUAAUCUUUUCCCA